GGCCCUUUUCCCGGGCCCUCCAUUCGCGGCCGGCAGAGUGUCAGGAGGAGGCGGGACUAGCUGGAGGCGGAGGCCCGUGCCGAGCAGAUUGAUGGUCUGCAUUAUGUCUGGAGCCAGCCGUCAGCUCACUCUUUUCCUCUACGGCUGUUGCGUGGCUGCCCUGGGGGUCCAGGCCGAGGAGCACUGCCCGGCUGAGCGUCACCAGGCUGCCCAGUACGUGGCUGCCGUGUACGAGCACCGGUCCAUCCUGAGCCCGAACCCGCUGGCCCUCACCAGCCGCAAGCAGGCCUUGGAGCUCAUGAACCAGAACCUCGACAUCUAUGAACAGCAAGUGACGAUCGCGGCCCAAAAGGGUGUACAGAUUAUAGUGUUUCCAGAAGAUGGCAUCCAUGGAUUCAACUUUACAAGAACAUCCAUUUACCCAUUUUUGGACUUCAUGCCUUCUCCCCACUUGGUCAGGUGGAACCCAUGCCUGGAGCCCCACAGAUUCCAUGACACGGAAGUCCUCCAGCGUCUGAGUUGUAUGGCUGUCAAGGGAGAGAUGUUCCUGGUGGCCAAUCUUGGGACAAAGCAGCCUUGUCAUAGCAGUGACCCAGGGUGCCCAAAUGAUGGCAGAUACCAGUAUAACACGAACGUGGUGUUCAGCAGUAACGGAACCCUGGUUGACAGCUACCGCAAACAAAACCUCUACUUUGAAGCAGCGUUCAAUACCCCCCCGGAAGUGGAUCACAUCACCUUUGAUACCCCCUUUGCUGGCAAGUUUGGCAUGUUCACUUGCUUUGACAUAUUGUUCUUACACCCUGCUGUCAGGCUCCUCAGAGACUCGGAGGUGAAGCAUGUCGUGUAUCCGACCGCCUGGAUGAACCAGCUCCCACUCUUGGCAGCCAUUCAGAUUCAGAGAGGUUUCGCCAUCGCCUUUGGCGUCAACUUUCUGGCUGCGAACAUCCACCAUCCAUCUCUGGGGAUGACAGGAAGUGGCAUACACACCCCUCUGAAGUCCUUUUGGCACCAUGACAUGGAAAGCCCUGAAGGUCACCUUAUAAUUGCCCAGAUACAGCUUGAAGAUACUGCAGGUUCAGUUCCAGACCACUGCAAUAAAGCAAAUAUCACAAACGCCUUGAGUGCCAUGCCCCUGCCUUCUGACUCCCUUGACUCUGAUGAGAAACCAGCUGUUACUCUUAUUAGUAAGAUUUCUUUUACAUGAUGAAUUGCUUCUCUCUUUCUGCUUUCAAGAGUCUUGUUUUGUCUUUUGAUAGUUUGAUUAUAAUGUGUGUAGGCUGGAUCUCUUUGAGUUUAUAUUCUAUGUGGAGUUCUUUGAGCUUUUUGAGUUUGUAGAUUAACGUUUCUGAAAUUAAGUUUUCAGCCAUUAUUUCUUCAAAUAUUCUUUCUGCCUCCUUUUCUUUCUCUUCUCCUUCUGGGACUUCCCUUGUGUGUACGUUGCUAUGUUUAUUGGGAUCUCACAGGUCUCUGAGGCUACGAUCACUUUUCAUUUUUCCCCCUGUUCCUCAGGACUAGGAACUGACCUAUCUUCAAGCUCACUGAUUCUUCUGCCUACUCAAAUCUAACACUGAGGCCCUCUAUUCCAGUUACAAUAAUUUCCAAAUACAGAAUUUCCAUUUGCUUUUAAAAAUAUUAUCUCUAUAUAUUUAUCGAUAUUCUCUAUUUGGUGAAGCAUUUUAUGGUUGGUUUGUUGUUUUUUUUUUUUGCCUUACGCGGGCCUCUCACUGUUGUGGCCUCUCCCGUUGCGGAGCACAGGCUCCGUGGCUAUGGCUCACGGGCCUAGCCGCUCCGUGGCAUGUGGGAUCUUCCCGGACCGGGGCAUAAACCUGCGUCCCCUGCAUUGGCAGGCGGACUCUCAACCACUGCGCCACCAGGGAAGACCCCUGGUGAAGCAUUUAAAAAAAAAAAACUUUCUCUUAAUUCUUUAGACAUGGUUUCUGUUAGCCCCUUGAACAUGUUUAAAAUAAAUGAUUUAUGGGCUUCCCUGGUGGUGCAGUGGUUAACAAUCUGCCUGCCAAUGCAGGGGACAUGGGUUUGAUCCCUGGUCCGGGAAGAUCCCACAUGCUGUGGAGCAACUAGGCCUGUGCGCCACAACUACUGAGCCUGCGCUCUA